GGCUGGCUGGCACUAGCAGCCCUGGUUGACACUGGGGGCGAAGGCAGAGCUAGGGUGAUCAUGCAGUUAAGUGUGCUGCUGCUGCUGCUGCUGGGCCCCCCAUCGGCCCUGGCAUCGGAAGACCCCACCUUCCCCCAUCCUGGGGAGAGCUCACAGCCCCCACCCCGGGCCUGUCCCUGGCGCUGCUCCUGUCCCCGGGAGGACACAGUGGACUGCGCGGGUCUGGACCUCCAGGUGUUCCCAGACAACAUCACCAGGGCUGCUAGAUACCUCAACCUACAGAACAACCAGCUCCAGCAGCUUCCAUAUAAUGAUCUGUCCCGCCUCAGCAGCCUGAGAACCCUGGAUCUGCAUGGCAAUCUCCUCUCCUCCGAGGGCCUGCCCGACGAAGCCUUCGAAUCACUUACCCAACUCCAACACAUCUAUGUGGCCCACAAUAAGCUCUCGGCAGCCCCCCAGUUCCUGCCCCGCACCCUGCGUGUCGCAGACCUGGCUGCCAAUCAACUUGUGGAGAUUUUCCCACUCACUUUUGGGGAGAAGCCGGCUCUCAGGUCAGUGUAUCUACACAAUAACCAGCUGAGCAACGCAGGCCUGCCGCCUGACGCCUUCCGGGGCUCAGAGGCCAUCGGCACCCUCAGCCUCUCCAGCAACCAGCUCAGCUACUUGCCACCCAGCCUGCCUGCCUCGCUGGAGCGCCUUCACCUACAGAACAACCUCAUCUCUAAAGUGCCUCGCGGAGCCCUGAGCCGUCAGACCCGCCUCCGAGAGCUGUUUCUCCAGCACAAUCAGUUGACAGACAGCAGCUUGGAUGCUACUACCUUCAGCAAGCUUCACAGUUUGGAGUAUCUGGACCUAUCCUACAACCAGCUGACCACAGUGCCCCUUGGCCUGCCCCAGACCCUGGUUGUGCUGCACUUGGGCCGAAACCGCAUCCGGCAGGUAGAGGCUGGCCGGCUAAAGGGGGCAAGGGGCCUGCGGUAUCUGCUGCUUCAACACAAUGAACUGGGGGGCUCAGGGUUGCCCCCCAAGGUGCUGCGGCCUCUGCGGGACCUACACACACUGCACCUCUACGGGAACAAGCUGAACCGCAUGCCCCGGGGGCUGCCCCACUGCCUGCAGGUGCUGGUGAUGCCACAUAACCACGUGGCGACGCUGGGCGCCCGGGACCUGGCUGCCACGCCUAGCCUGGCCGAGCUCAAUCUGGCCUACAACCGCCUGGCCAGUGCUGGCCUGCACCGCCGCGCCUUCCACCCACUGCGCGCCCUGCACAGCCUGGACCUGGCGGGAAACCAGCUGACCCAGCUGCCCUCGGGGCUACCUGCCAGCCUGCGUGUCCUGCAGCUGCCCCACAACCAGCUGCGGGCCCUGGAGCCUGAGCCGCUGGCCGGCCUGGCCCAGCUGCGGGAGCUCAGCCUGGCACACAACCAGCUCCACAUUGGGGACAUCGGGCAGGGCACCUGGCACGAGCUUCCAGAGCUCCAGGUGCUGGACCUGAGUCACAACAUGCUGUCCUUUGUGCCCCCCGACCUGCCUGAGGCCCUGGAGGAGCUGCACCUGCAGGGCAACCGCAUCAGCCACGUGGGUCCCGAGGCCUUCCUUUGCACACCACGCUUGCGCGCCCUCUUCCUCAGAGACAACAGGUUGCACCUGACCAGCAUCUCAGCUGAGGCCUUCGUGGGGCUCAGGCACCUGCGUGUGGUGGACACUGCGGGGAACCCCGAGCAGGUCCUGGUCCGGAUGCCGCCCUUAGCCCCACACCAGCCACAGGCAGGGCGCUCCAGACACUCGGGGCCACCAAGGAGCAGCACAGAUAGCCCAGCCUCAUCGUGAACCCCAAACUGCCCAGGCCACCCACAAGCAUCAGGAUGACAGAUACAGCCAGGCACCUAAUCCCAGCUACUUGGGAGGCUGAGAUCCGAGAAAUCUGUAACUCUUAUCUCCAACAAACCAACAAAAA